GACCGCGCAAGUUAAACGUUUAACGUUAGCUAGCUAAGCUACGUGGGGCUUUUUUUUUGACAAAUUCAAGAGUCACUAUCAAAUGCCAUUUAUUAGUACUUGGUGAUAAUGUAAUAGCCGUUAUAUCUCUACACUUAAGUGAAGUUCUUUGUAAGGGGUCACUCGUUUAUUGCUAGUUUUAUUUUUGUGGACUAGCUUAAUUUGUGCUGUUGUUAUGAGUGGUAACCUAGCAGCCUAGGUAUCAUAUCAUAGGAACCUCAGGAUGUCUGUUAAGUGUCGUUUUAAUAUAGCUGUGCAUAUAUUCUCCAUCUGGCAUAUUUAAUGUAUCUUCAGAUAACGGUAGAUUUUUCCAAAAUGAGUGAGGGUUCUUGGUCUGCAAAUUAAUUUUCCAAGUUUGUGUAGUUACGUGUUAAACAAUAUUUAGUGUAGCGUUAACGCGAAAAAACAAUGCUAGGUUAAUUUUGGGAAUUACAGCGAUGUUUGUCCAUAGCUUCAUAUCCACAAUGAACUUGCUAAGUUAACAGCUAACACUAACAUCGUCUGGAUUGGUAUCGCUGCAUUGUCCACUCACUUUCUAGUUAAGUCUUUACAACCACGCCAUGGCCAAGAUACCUGCUGCCUUUGAGUGGGAAACAGUGAUGAGAAUUGAUCCCGCAAGCCUCCAUACUUGUGAAAAAGAGGAAGUGGAUGAGAUCCUCAGCAUGUUCACUUUGACGGAAGAAUGGGAGGUGAAGGAUGUUGCUCCGGAGAGCAUUAUACAAGUCCUCAGAGUUUUUCAAGCCCUGUUGAAGAUUAAGGAUCUGGAUCUUCACAAUGCCAUCAAAAUUGUUGAUGACAUUGAUGUAGAGCAUGAUAAAAUUGAAAAGGAGCUCCUCGCCAAGGUGUCCAGGCUGGAACAGGAGUGCAAGGCUCAGCACUCCGGCACAGGGCCAGACACCCGCUUUCUGAGAGAUGAGAUUCGGCAGCUUGAGACCCAGCUUGGGCAGAGUGAGAAGGAGUUGGACCAAUUAAAGAAAGAAAUGGGCAAAGAAAAGAAAACCAACGAGGAGUUGGUUGCACGAGCAGAAGAGGCUGAGGAUGAGGUCAGGAAGCUGAAAAGAGAGAAUGAGCAGCUCAAGCAGGAUGUGGACUUCUAUCGCGGAGAGCUGGACCAGAAAGAACCGGUCCCAUCCCGAGAAGAGAAUGCUGAGACCCAGAGGAAACUCAAACAAAAGCUUUCCCAGUACUGGGAUGACCUUCAGCGAGCUGAGGAUGAAAACUCACACCUUAAAACACAGAAUGAGCAGAUGCAGAAAAGUCUGGAGGAGUCAGUGAAAGAGAUGGAGAAGAUGACAGAUGAGUACAACAAGAUGAAGAUUGUUGUGCAGCAGACUGAUUCCAUUAUGGACCAGCUCAGGAAAGAGAGGGAUCAUGCAAAGCUACAAGUCAGAGAAUUAACAGAUAAGAUUCGUGGCACGACUGAAGAGAAUGACCCAAUAAUGGCAGCAGUCAGUGCCAAAGUGGAGGAGUGGAAGCAAGUGCUCUCUGGGAAGGAUGAUGAAAUUUUGGUGUACCAGCAGAUGAUCCGUGAUCUAAGGGAAAAGCUGCGUUCUGCCCAGUUGGACUUGGACAAGAGCAACAUUAUUGCCUUGCAGCAGGCUGUCCAAGAGAGAGAUAAUCAGAUCAAGCUGCUCAGUGAACAGGUAGAGCAAUAUACAAGGGAAAUGGAGAAGCACACCCAGCUUAUUGAGGAGCUAAAGACAUCCACAAAGAAAGACAGAGGCCAAUCAUUAAGUCUACCACAGAGAAAGAUGGAAGAGCUGAAAUCCAAGCUGGAAGCUGCAGAGACCAGAGUGCUGGAAGCAGAGAAGGCGGUAAAACUGGCGGAAGCUCAUGCUGAGGAAAAAGACAAAGUACUCAUUGAGGCUUCAAACCGCUUGAGCCAGUACGAGUCUGGCACUUAUGGCCUGGAAGCAGCCAUCAUGGAGAUCAAAGAGUGUAAAAAUCAAAUUAGUGUGAGAGAUCGUGAGACAGAGGCCAUGACCAAAGAGAUCAACCAGCUUGAGAUGAGAAUCAGUGACCUAAUGGAUGAAAAUGAGGAUUUCCGAGAAAAACUAGGCCUGGAACCAAAGCAGGAAGUGGAUCUGACAGAGUUCAGACGAGCCAAACAGCUCAGACAACGCCAGUACAAAGCAGAAAACCAAGUCCUCACCAAAGAGAUUGAACGCCUUGAAGAGGAAAGACUGGAGCUAAAGAAACAAAUCAGACGCAUGGUGAAGGAAAAAGGGAUCCCACAGUCCAGCUUGCUGCUGGAGGAUGAUGUUGAGCCCAGCAGAACUGGACACUUGCCAUUUAAACAAAGCAGCUCUUUCACAGAGGAAGAGAUCCGACGCAAAAAUGAGCACCUGGAAAAAGAACUGAGGAAUAAGGAGAACGAGUUGGAGCUUCACAAGGCCCAGUUUCACAUCAGAUUGGAUGAGCUGUCAAAAGUGAAGAGAGACCUGGAGGCUGCACUGAAAGAUGUCCUCCAAGUCAUGAGGAUUAAUCAACAGACUACCCCAUCUGACACUGCCAUCAAUAUGCUCAGUGUGGAAACACUGGCUAAUGUUAUUGAUGUCAACAAUAUUGGGCAAUCUGAGCCAGCCCAGCUUCUCAAGUCCCACAUACAUCAACUGGUGGGGAGAAAUGAAGAACUAAGGCAGGAACUGAAAUUGGCCCGGGAGGAAGCAACCACCUGCUUCAGUCAGCUUGCCAGAGCCAAAGAAAAGGUGAGCCAACUGGAAGGUGAAUUAGAGUUGCUAAGGAAGUCAGGCAGCAGUGGGGUUGUCCUCCGCCCCCUCACCCUGCCCGAGGGCCUUGGGCCCAGCAGCACUGUGGUCAUCAGUUCUCUAAAUGAGUAUGCUGUUCGACUUCUUCAGGAGCUCAAAAACAAGGAAGAAAAAUGUGAGAAACUGGUAGGAACAUUGCAGGAAUACAAGGAGAAGUUUUCCGUUAUAAGCCACCAACAGGGACUCCUCUAUAAAGAAUACCUGAGUGAAAAGUCAGAGUGGCAAAAGAAGAAAGAGACAUUUACAGAGAUGCAGAACAAGCUGGAGGAGCAAAAACAGGUGGACGCUAUUAAAAUUCAAGAGUUCAAUGAGCUACUUGACACCCUUCAGAAGGACCCAGAUGAAACCAAGAGGCAUUUAAGUGAAGCUCUGCGCAAUUUAACAAUGCUGAAAGUGAAUGAGAAGAAACUGACACGGCGCUACGUCAUCCUGCUGGAGCAGGAACAACACCUCCGCAAGGAGAACAGCAAGCUGAAGGAUGAGAGCAGCCACAUGCAGGCCUCUGUCACCCAGAGGAUAGGCUGUCUGCAGAGAUACAAGGAAAUGGCUGCAUAUAAGAUAGCAGCACUGCAGAAGGCCUUGGAUGAAAGUGUGCCCUCAUCUGACCUGGAGAAAGCUAACAAACAGUACACAGAGUUAACAGUCAAGUAUAGAGACAUGCUGCAGCGGGACAGCCGCCUGAUGCAGAGAACCACCGACCUGGAACAUCUGGAGAGUGAGAAUGAAUGUCUUCGCGAGCAAAUCUCUGCCGUGAAUAAAGAACUGGAGAUUGCAAAGGAGAAACUGAAUACUUUAGAGCAAGCAUGGGACAACAUGAGUGUGACUGGAGGUGAAAAUAGCAUGGAUAAGGCAGGCAAAGCAUUGGCCAACAAUGAGAUGGUAUCUGCUGCCAGGCGGAUCACGACUCUCGAGAUGAAGGAGCUGAACGAGAGGCAGAGAGCUGAGCAUGCCCACAAAAUGUAUGAGCAAAUGAGGAACUCUCUCAGGCAGGUGGAAGAACGGAAUUUGGAACUGGAGUCCAAGUUUGCAGAGCUGACCAAGAUGAAUGUGGAGGCCCAGAGGGUGGAGCGGGAGUUAAGAGAUGAACUGGCAGACAGCAUCAGCAAAGCUGUGAGUGAUGCUGACAGAUCCAGGAUUACAGAGCUGGAGAAGGCCGAGGCUGUGCUUCGCAUCGAAGUUUCUAAGCUUCAAGAGGUGGCUGAUGUGGCCAUGAUGCAGGCGUCCGCUUUACAGGCCAGACAGCAGUCCAAAGAGAAAGAGGUAGAAGUUUUGAGGAAACAACUACUGGAUUACCAGUCACAGUCAGAUGAGAAGGCCCUCAUUGCAAAGCUCCAUCAGCACAUUGUGGCUCUGCAGCUAAGUGAGUCAGCUGCUUUGGCCAAGCUGGAGGCCAGCACCUCUCACAUCCGACAGCUGGAGGUCUAUAAGCUGCGUGCCGAACAACGGCUGGACGCCAGUGAGUCCACUCUGUUCCUUGCCCGCCAGGAGAGCAGAAAUCGCUCCAAGCGCCUACGGCAGACCAUCCAGUCGCUACGUAGGCAGUUUGCUGGAGCUCUUCCCCUUGCCCAGCAGGAAAAGUUCUCUGUAACCAUGGUGGGCCUCCAGGACGACAGAGCAAAAGCCCAGCAGGAGAGGAAGAAGGCAGAGGAGGAGAGGAGGACCGCAGAGGCCCGGGCGGAGGAGCUGGAACUGAGACUUCAAGGACUGGAGGAGCUCAUCUCAACGCUAAAGGAUGUGAAAGGGGCCCAGAAGGUAACCGAGUGGCACAAUAAGAUGGAGGAAGCUCGUCUGCAGGAGAUGAGGAAAGGCAGGGAGCUGGUGGUCCAGAAGGAGGAGAUCAGGUACCUAAAAAACCUGGUGGAGGAGCAUGAGCGAACCAUCUGCUCACUGGAAAAGGAUAUUGUGCAGCAAAACAUGCUGCAAGAUGAACACCAGCUUGCAUGGGAUCAACGAGAGGUGGAGCUGGAGCGCCAACUGGAGCAGUACGAGAAGCACCAGAGCGAAGUUCUUAGCAGUGCUGACAAGUAUGAAGAUGGUGCAGGGUCCCUGCCGGAUCCAAGUCUACCGCUUGCUCACCAGUUAGAGUUUGCUUUGUGUAAAAUCAGAGAGCAUGUCCGCACCAUCUUGGACAUGCAGGCCACCUGCAAAAGUUUGGAUGAGCGGCUGAAAGAGAAAGAAGCAACUCUGUGGAAGGCUGAACAGAAUAUCGUGUCCAGGGAUAAAGUGAUCAAUGAGUUGCGUCUUCGACUCCCAGCUGCUGCCAGCAGAGAACGCCUGCUAGCUGACCUUGCCAAGCAUGAAGAGGGCCAGUCAGACAGUCAACCUGCCCUCAAGCUGGCUCACCAGACAAUCAAAGACCUCCAGGGUCGGCUUGACAAAAAAGAGGAUGUGCUAAAGAAAUACCAGAACCAGUUGGCUCAAGCCAGACAGGAUCAAGAGGAUAUGAUCAAGAGACACCAGGAGGAGCUGAGAAUGCUGCAUCAGAAGCUGGACUUGUACACAGACACCUCCCUGGACCACUUUAAACAGACAGCUAUGGAACUGAUGAAGAAGCCGACUAUCAGGGUGCCAACCACCAAACAUCUGGAGCGUCUGGCUGAGUUGGAGCAAACGGUGGCUGAACAGGACAUCUCGCUCUCGUCCUUCACAGAGAAGCUGAAUCUGACCGCAGCUGAGCUGGAACGACAGAGGACGUCCAUGGAAACACAGGCUAAGAAACAUGCUGAUGAGAUUUCAAAGCUGGAGGAGUAUCAUGCUGCCCAGGUGAAAGCUCUGACAGCUGAGAACGAGGACCAGAGGAGCCAGAUAGCCCAGAUGGAGAAGGAACUGAACUACCUCCGAACUGAGCUGGCAGCACAGAAAGAGGCCAACGUCCGCUCCCCAAGCAGCACCAUGAAAAACCUGGUUGAACGACUGAAAGCACAGCUCAACCAGAAAGAGAAACAGCUCAAGGCUCUCAGUAAGGCUCUGUUGGAGCUACGGGCGGAGAUGAUGUCUGCAGCAGAGCAGCAAGUCAUAGCCAGCGCUGCACAAAAAGAGGAGAGUCUCAAUGUACAAAUGCUGGUUGAUAGACACACCAAAGACCUAAAGGUGCGCAUGCAAGAACUUAACGAAGAACUUCAAAUGGCAAAGGAGUCUGCCAAAGCAGCCAGAGGGCGGGAGAACACCCUGAAAGAGGAAGUGGACAGCCUAAACCAGGACUUGCAAAAGAGUCAAAAAACCCAGAGGCGCCUGCAGGCUGAAAAGGAGGAGAGAGAGCAGGAAAUCCAGGAGCUCAAGCAGCAAAUCAAGAGGCUCAGCAGUGCCCUUCAGAAUCAGUCAGAUGGGAAGGGGCCAACCACUGAGAAUCUGCAAAAGAAGAUCAGGAGGCUGGAGUCCGACUUGGAGAAAAGAACAGAAACAACGGACGUUAAAGACGAUCACAGAAAGGCCAAAGACGAAAUGGUGCGCUGGGAGGAGGGCAAGAAAUGGCAUGCCAAGAUGGAAAAGGUGAAGAUUUCACUGAAGGAGAAGGAACGAGAGAAUGAAUCACUGUCAAAACAUCUCAGCACUCUUAAAGACCUAUAUGGCAGACUGGAGCAAGAGAAGACUGCACUGCAGAAAAAGCUGAAGGCUCGAGGUGUGACAGCCCCUCAGGUGGUGGGAGUGCGAUCCACUCAAAUGGAGAAGGAGAUGGAGGAGCUGAAGAAGAAGAACUCGGAUCUGGAGACACAGAUCCUCACCAUAAAAGAGCAACAGGCCUUACCUCGAGAUGACGCCAUGGAGAACCUGACCCUGAGGAACCGCUACCUGGAGGAGAGACUCCACUCCUUAGAGAGCCAGAUAUCCAAAGAGCCUUCAUCAAGGCCCUCUACUUCAGGACGCGGCACUAGCACCCCCUCUCAGAGAGAUCAGGAUCUCCAAAAAGAAAAUCUGAAGCUGGCCUCUGAGAACCUGGAGCUGCGCUUUCAGCUGGAGCAGAGCAACAAAGACUUACCGAGACUCAAGAACCAAGUUGCGGACCUUAAAGAAAUGUGCAGCGUGUUGAAAAAGGAAAAGGCAGAAAUGGAGAAAAAGCUGGCCCAUGUACGUGGGGCUGGUUACAGUGGUAAAACAGUACCUGAGCUUGAGAAGACCAUCGGGCUGAUGAAGAAGGUCGUGGAGAGGGUGCAGAGAGAAAAUGAGAUGCUGAAGAAAUCCAGCACAGCAGCCAAUCAAGACAAGCUCACUGCCUUGGAGCAAGAAAAUGUCAAGAUAAAGGCUGACUAUGAAAAACUCAAGAGUCAAAGUGAAGCUGAGCUGAGUUCCAAACUUGAAUCUAAAACUAAAGGACUGGAGAAAAUCGUGAUGGAAAAUGAACGUCUGCGCAAGGAGAUUAAACGGGAGAUGGAAUCUGUCGAGAGGCUGAGAGUGACCAAGGCGAGUCUGGAGGUGACCAACGAGAAGCUCGAGGCGGAGCUGGAAGAAACCAAGCACAGGCUGAGGGCAGCUCUAUCCAGACCCGUCACAGAGGGGGCGGACAGUAAGACCUGGAAGGCCUCUGUGCUAACGAGAAUGUUUGAGAACAAGAUGCAGGAGCUGGAGAAGGAGCUCUCCCAGAAGACGUCCAGUCUGUCGGAGCUCAAACAACGGCUGAAGGAGGUGAACGAGCGUGAGGAGAGAGCUCAGAUAAGCAUCCGGCAACUUGAAGACCAGGUCGACAUGUUAAAAAGAUUUCCAACCGCUGCAAAGACAGGAGAAGGAUUCGCCAAAGACUUCCAGGCAGUGAGACUGGCGAACGCUGAGCUGCAGAAGGAGAACACAGAACUGAAACAAAGGCUGAACGAGUACAGCGAGCGAUACGGCGAAACGACAUCUAAACCGGACUACGGGAAGCUCAGAAACCUUCUGCGGGAAGCCGAAACGGACAAAACCAGACUUCAAACUGAGGUUGAAAAGCUGAAGAAAGAGCUGGCGAGCUUUGACCCGACGUUUUUUGAUGAGAUUGAAGACUUGAAGUAUAACUACAAGUUAGAGGUGAAGAAGAACAUCCUGCUGGAGGAACAGCUGAAGAAGGUGUGCGAUCAGUUCGGUGUGAAGGCCGAAACGCCCCGGGAGUCCAUCAGUUAACUCGGGUCGGACUGUUCUGUCACCUUAGAUCUGUGGUGUUCGGCAUCAGCCCUCAGUCCGGACCAAAACGAGUCUGUAUCGUCACGCGCUGAGAACCGUCAGGUACCAGACGGUGCCAGGUGACGUGUGAUCGGUAGACAGACGACCAUAUGGAAUCUCAGGGCUGAUAACUCACAGUUGUCCGUUUGUUGUAGUUGAAACACACACCACAAUCGACUAAUACUAAGCUUACAAAUGUAGAACUGUGAAGAGGACAUUUCAUAUAUAUUUUUAGAUGAAGUUUAUUUUUCUAAUAAGAUCAAUAUGCAGAGAGUCUGCAUCCACCCUAGAGUAAACAAAAACGUUUAGUCCACAAAAACAUUGGAACAACUUCUCAUACUGCUGUGUUAAUUAAGGGUCACCCACAGCCCUCAGCUCCUGUGUGAAAGGCUUUGAGCCUUCACAGGGGACGUUUUCAGCUUGUUCCCAACAAUUCACUACGAGCAUAAGGAGCCUUUUACCGGCUGUGUAAAAAUGCCUGAACAAUAAUCUGUCGGCCACUGAAACAUCGCGCAUCCCCUCUGAUCAGAUCUGUAAUCUUGUUUGCUAGGUUUUCAUUCUUGAAUUGUUUCUGAUUUAAAGCAGUUUAGUGUUUAGACAGAGCUUGACAGUUUAAAUCCUACCACUCUUCAAAGCAUCAUUUUAAAAAUAGGUUUAAAAAUAGAUCUUUGUACAUUAUCAAAUGUAAUCAGUAUCAUUUAGGUACUACAGCACAGGACAGUUUAAAACCUUACGAUCACAUUGCUGAAGCGAAUUCCUUAGAAAUCAUAAGUUUACCUUUAAACAGUAAAGUGACGUAGUUUGUGUGGUUUCUUCGUGAGGCAGCUGCUUGUCGUUAAUACUGAACUGUGUUUGGUGGUGUAACUUGUUGAAGUGUUAUAUUUAUUUCCUUGUAUUUGUACAGUUCAGACAUAUUGUGCUUGUAUGUAUUUGUCAAUAAAGCAGCUCUCAUAGUAA